AGACGCCUGCGCGUGCGCGUGCUGCGCUCUUCUAGUACGCGCAGCUUCGCACUUUGCGAGAACUUUGACGAGACGUUUUGGUUCUAGCUCAUCGUUUGCACUGGACACUCCUCCUUCGGAACUCGCGGAAUGUAUGGAGUAUGGCGGGAAGCUCUCGGUGUGCUUGACACGAGACAGUGCAUGCAGAGAUCAUAGGAGGUAGGUGAUCGGAGAGCUGCUUCCACCGACACACAGUGAAAAAUGAUGCUGCAACAUUCGAGCGAUUACCUACUCACUCACUAUGCGGUAUCGGCAUCGAGCACGUUACCGGAGCUGGCGGCAGUACAAUACGCCAUAGUAGACCUGUGAUGUUGUCAAGCAACGACCAGCUGAUGGACAGCGCAAGCGCCGGUCAAGGAACAUCCAUCAAUACACUCGUCUAUCGCAAAGCUACGAGGUAGAGUGUGACCGGCGGGUCAAGAAGGGCAUCAUGUCAGCCAAUGGCUUCAUGAAAAGGCCAGCACCCCGUCUUUCACCAACAAGGUCGAAGCAUCCAGCAGUCCAUACAGAUUCGAGAGACAAACAUGAUUGAGUCCCUGAGCCAGAGGGGAAUGCUAAACCUUGCGUGCCGGAGGCCGUCGAACUACGGAAACCUUCAGGGUUAGCUGUAGACUAUCCUGAGCUCUAUCCCAGUCAGUGGAGACUUGCGCUUAGAAAGGGUCGCGACCGCAAUCGGACUACAUAAGACGGAACAGGACGAUGGAAGGGAACAAUCAUCCUCCUCCAACUAAGCAGGAAAACAAAAAGUAGUCCGGACACCACACCGCCAUGGCGACGAACGGCCAUACACCAGACUUCCGCGAGUGCGACGAGUUUUUUGACUUGCGAACCGUCGAACAUGAGGCUUCUCAUGUCGUACCCUAUAUCAAGCCCAACUCGAGAAUCAUCGACGUCGGCUGCGGAAUCGGUGGCAUCACGUUGGACUUUGCUCGCCGCGUUCCCGAAGGAUAUGUUCUCGGUGUAGACUACAGUGCUGACUCCAUCCGCGUCGCCAAAGAACGAGCGAAAGCAGCAGGCCUCACCAACGUCGAAUUCGUGCACGGCGAUGCCACCAAUCUGGAUGCUUCGAUCCCCUCGGACUCCUUCGACAUCUCCCACUCGCAUCAAAUGCUCCUCCAUCUGCCCGGAGACGAUCCCGUCAAAGCGUUAAAGUCCAUCCGCCGCGUCGUCAAACCCGGAGGCGUCUUGACCACACGCGACAACCACGGCCGCUUCAUCUACCCAGCCACACCGACGCUCCAGCGCUGCCUCGACAUGUUCCCCGUCCUCUGCAGCGAACGCGGCGCCCAUCCCGAUGCGGGCCACGCCAACCACGUCUGGAUGCAUCAAGCGGGCUUCGAAUGGGAGAAGAUUAAAUUCGGAGAUGCGUGCAAGUACUUUGUCACGCCCAAGGAGAGACAAUUGUACGGCCAGACGUUCAAGUGGAGUUUCUGGAAGACGUUUGGCAAAGGUCCGGAGACGGAGGAGGAGGAGAAGUGGUUGCAGGAGUAUCAGCGUGAUUUGGAGGCGUGGGUGAAGAAACCGGAGGCGAGGGUGGGCUGGGUGGAUGGAUGGGUGGUGGCGACCAAGUAGAAACAACAAAAAAAAAGAAAACAAGUCUGAUGAUGGAGUUGUGGUAUACCAGGUACUUUUGCUUGUUUGGACGUACGCCCUAAUAAAUUAUGCGAGGAAUGAAUGAAUGAAUUGUUGAAGAUUACGAAGUUUGAAAAUGC